ACAAUAAAAUUAUGAUGCUACUUUCUCACUCAAAGGUCUAGUUCAUGAUCAACACGAGUAGAAGCUAAUCAUAAGAACCUUCCUAGCCUGCAUACAUAUAAUAACGAGAUGCUCAUUCUCUCGCACAUCCGUUUUCACGCCAUGGCCUCACGAUUCCCCUCCACUCAGAGAAGACCAGAGUUCAAUGCUCUCAUUACCUUGCUGUCUCUACGAAACGGACGCCAACUAGAACCCGAACUAGAUAGUCCCAGCAUCGGCGAUCACUCACCAACCAUGGGAUUCUCGAAUGCUAUCUUUCAACGACCGAACCUCAGAUCAAACUCAUCCUCUACGAGCAAUCAUUUGAAAGAGCGUUUCCUGGAUCGCCUUGCAGAGGUCAUCUCCAACAGAAAGGGUGUUGAAUAUGUGACGUGCACCGUUAUGACAGAGUACGAGGACUGCGUGGUAGUUUAUGCUUCGCGCAAUGAUGGAUUCGAUGAAAAAGAUAGAAUCUUUUGUGACAAGUUUUCUGCAGAAAUGCGCAAACUUUUUGUAGGUGAACACACUGUAGACGAGCCAGGCGCCUCACUAUGGACCCUGCUCCUGGAGUACUAUCUACCCCGCCUCAACCAUUACAACAAGGAACUCUUAACAUUGGCAUUGACAAUUCGGGCACUCCGUCAAAUCUCGAGUUCUAUUAAUGAUAAGGAUCUGAAGGAGUUGCUCGACUCGUUUUUCAAUGUUGUGGGGCACCCAAGUAGUACGCUGAAAUUUCAUCGCCUUUGUUACUUGGCACUUCGGCUCCAUGCCACCCCUUCAGCGCAGAGACUGAUCCAAGACCAACUCGGGAACAGUGGCAGUCGACUGUGGAGGGUGAUUGGCUUUUUUGCACGGCUUCAAAGGGCUCACCGGACUUUUCUCGAGAUUGCGCAAAUACUUCCCACCGUAAAAGUCGUUCUGAUCCCCCAGAGCGACGAAGUCAAACCUAGUAAUUGUGCACUGCCAAGCCUUUCCAGUACGCUGCAGCUAAUUCAUCAAUCUCUCAACUCUGCCACGGUCGAGAGAUAUAUAUCCCGGACCUACACAGUUCCAGGUGCUCAGCAGAUGUUCGAUCACCGCCAGAGUAAAUCUCUUCAUGUUCACGCUGAGCUCCAAAUAAUACGAUACCUACUUCAAGCUCAUAUUCCCAUUGAUGAGAUUGUUCAGUACAUGGGGUGUAGCAAACGAUCCUGCUUCAUGUGCAAAACCUUUCUUGUCGUAUUUUCUGGUCUCAGAACUCGCGGAUGCCACGGGAAGCUCUAUAACCAAUGGUCAAUUCCCGAAAUACAGGGGAUCGAAGAAGACACAAAGGAAACACUUGAGAGAGCUGUGAUAAGAAUUCAGGACAUCCUAAUCCAGGAGAUCGAAAAACCCCUUUCAACUCGCAAUGCCGUUUCUGAAUCUUCGGCUGGGACGACUGCUGUAUCUAGUUCAAGGGCUUCGGUCACCUCAGGCUCACCUGGCAGCCCAAGUGAAAGUCCCAUCGAGGAUUCUGAAGAUAGUGACACCAGGGAAGAAAUAGCUCAUCAGGAAAACUUGUAUGAAUGGGAGGCCACUCCAGUGGCCUCCCACCAGUGCUUGCCAGUGCUAGCCAAUUCUGGGGGAACCCAUAAUUUGAUAGCUGGUACUGGUACACACUGGCUGCACCAUAUGGGUAUUGCUGAUAAUCUAUUAUCCAGAGUGCCUGAGCCAGUGACUCUUGUUCCUUCUCUGUCACUGACUCAGGUACUAGGAGAAAUAUGGAUCCCAAACAAAAUUUCUCCUGAGUUAGGUUCAACUUUUCCCAAAUCCAGAAAAAGUCUUCGGGAUGUUUUAUUGAAAUAUCACUGAGAUUCAACAGAUAUUCUUGAUGUUUAUAGUUGCCUGAGGAAUUGCUCCGGAUGCCAUGUCAAAUUUCAAUGGAAAUAAGUACCAUACUAGUACUGUAUUCCCAGCUUUUGUCAACUCUCUAUGUACACUUCUAUGAAUCCAUGAUUUGAGUUGAUAGACUUGAGUCAACAAAAAUAUCACGG